AUGCAGGGGCUGGAGGAGGAUGGCAAGAAGGAGGACGAUGGGGAGGAGUUGGAAGUGGUUGAGGACACAGAGGAGGAGGUGGAGGUGAUUACGAAGUACUACGGCACCGAGCUCGUCAUCAAGGAGGAUGACAGUGUGGGCUCAGUGUCAUUGUCUCUUGAAGAUGACGUGACCAGCACCAGCUUGAAGAUCGAGUCAUCGUUCUACGAUGAGGUUGCGCUCGAUCACAGCAACAUUUUUUGCGACCUGCCGAGCCCUCGAUGUCCUCUGCCCAAGCAACCAUCCACUCCAAAGUGCCAACGCAACAUCGAGGAUUUCGUCCAUAACCUUCCGAGUCCUCUGUGCCCAUCAUCUGUGAUUGCGGAGUAUCCAUCUCCAUCAAAGUGGUGCCAGUGUAACACAGAGUAUUCUCCACGGCUCCUGCUGUCAGGGCUCCCACGGGAUUCAUCUCCGCCAAAGAGCCAGCAUGAAGACAGAGACAUUGACCACCGGUAUCAGCCACUGCUCUUACCUUCGCUGACGAAACUUGAUGGAGACAUCGCACACCCCAUUCUUACGCUGCAAGCAUUACCAACGAUGUUGUGA